AUGGAGAAUGAAAGGGCGAGGCAGGAAACGAUAGGAAAGUCCCGGACGCUGGCACUGUGCCUCCGACGUCCCGGACCGCUGGCACUGUGCCUCCAAGCCCCGACGCUGGUACUGUGCCUCCCAAGCCCCGAACGCUGGCACUGUUGCCUCCAAGCCCCGGACGCUCGCACUGUACCUCCAAGCCCCGACGCUGGCACUGUGCCUCCAAGCCCCGGACGCUGGCACUGUUCCUAUAAGCCCCGGACGCUGGCACUGUGCCUCCAAGCCCGGACGCUGGCACUGUGCCUCCAAGCCCCGGACGCUGGCACUGUACCUCCAAGCCCCGGACGCUGGCACUGUGCCUCCAAGCCCCGGACGCUGGCACUGUGCCUCCAAGCCCCGGACGCUGGCACUGUGCCUCCAAGCCCCGGACGCUGGCACUGUACCUCCCAAGCCCCGGACGCUGGCACUGUGCCUCCAAGCCCCGGACGCUGGCACUGUGCCUCCAAGCCCCGGACGCUGGCACUGUGCCUCCAAGCCCGGACGCUGGCACUGUGCCUCCAAGCCCCGGACGCUGGCACUGUGCCUCCAAGCCCCGGACGCUGGCACUGUGCCUCCAAGCCCCGAACGCUGGCACUGUGCCUCCAAGCCCCGGACGCUGGCACUGUGCCUCCAAGCCCCGGACGCUGGCACUGUGCCUCAAAGCCCCGGACGCUGGCACUGUGCCUCCAAGCCCCGGACGCUGGCACUGUGCCUAUAAGCCCCGGACGCUGGCACUGUACCUCCAAGCCCCGGACGCUGGCACUGUGCCUCAAAGCCCCGGACGCUGGCACUGUGCCUCCAAGCCCCGGACGCUGGCACUGUGCCUCCAAGCCCCGGACGCUGGCACUGUGCCUCCAAGCCCCGGACGCUGGCACUGUGCCUCCAAGCCCCGGACGCUGGCACUGUGCCUCCAAGCCCCGAACGCUGGCACUGUGCCUCCAAGCCCCGGACGCUGGCACUGUGCCUAUAAGCCCGGACGCUCGCACUGUGACCUCCAAGCCCCGAACGCUGGCACUGUGCCUCCAAGCCCCGGACGCUGGCACUGUGCCUAUAAGCCCCGGACGCUGGCACUGUACCUCCAAGCCCCGGACGCUGGCACUGUGCCUCCAAGCCCCGGACGCUGGCACUGUGCCUCCAAGCCCCGAACGCUGGCACUGUGCCUCCAAGCCCCGGACGCUGGCACUGUGCCAAUAA